AAACAUAUAAGGGCGGGCUGUAAAAACUAAAAAGUUCGUAACUUUUACGUCUCCACCUUCCCUUCCAUUUCAAUCCUCGCAAGGUUAGCAUCUCACCACUUCACAAAGUUCCUAUUCGCCACCAGUCCAUUCAACAAAUCUCAGCAAUUGAAGUUGACUAAAUGACCAACAACACUAAAGAAGAAGAAAACCAGGGUCCUACUCCCCAGGGUAACAUACCGCCAGAAAAUGAAAACGAAAAUGAAGUAUCUAUUGAUUCAUUAGCCCGAAAGGUCCAAGAAUCUCUCUCACUUGCCAAUCGGCACAAGUUCUGGGAAACCCAACCCGUGGGGCAAUUCAAGGAUCUUGCUGAUACAAGCCUGAGUGAGGGCCCAAUUGAGGCUCCAACACCCCUGUCUGAGGUUAAACAGGAGCCUUAUAACCUUCCUGCCCAGUAUGAAUGGAUUACUUGUGACAUGGACUCUGAAGAAAUGUGUUUAGAAGUUUACAAUCUACUGACUCAUAAUUAUGUAGAAGAUGAUGAAAACAUGUUCAGAUUCAAUUACUCAAAGGAGUUCCUGGGGUGGGCUCUUCGCCCCCCAGGCUAUUACCGAAGUUGGCACAUUGGAGUCCGAGCGAAGAGUUCAAAAAAGUUGGUGGCUUUCAUCACGGGGAUACCCGCAAGGAUACGUGUCCAUGAUUCCAUUGUAAACAUGGCAGAGGUCAAUUUUCUUUGUGUUCAUAAGAAGCUCAGGUCGAAACGCCUUGCUCCUGUGAUGAUCAAAGAAGUCACGAGGCGAGUUCAUCUGGAAAACAUAUGGCAAGCAGCUUAUACAGCUGGAGUCAUUCUCCCCACGCCUAUAACAACAUGCCAAUAUUGGCAUAGGUCAUUGAACCCUAAGAAGCUUAUCGAUGUUGGGUUUUCUAGGCUGGGUGCAAGGAUGACAAUGAGCCGGACUAUUAAGCUGUACAAGUUACCUGAUCAGACAGCCACCCGUGGGUUCAGGAAAAUGGAGCCCCAUGAUGUUCCUGCGGUUACGCGUUUGCUUAGGAACUACUUGAGGCAGUUUGCAGUUGCGCCCGACUUUGAUGAGAAUGACGUGGAACAUUGGCUUCUUCCAAAGGAAGGUGUUGUAGACAGCUAUCUUGUUGAGAGCCCCGAGACACAUGAAGUCACUGAUUUCUGUAGCUUCUAUACUCUUCCGUCGUCAAUACUCGGAAGUCAGAAUCACUCCACUCUAAAGGCUGCUUAUUCCUAUUACAACGUAUCAACAAAAACCCCGUUGGUUCAGCUGAUCAAUGAUGCCCUUAUAAUGGCGAAGCGGAAGGAUUUUGAUGUUUUCAAUGCUCUGGACGUUAUGCAUAACGAAAGUUUCUUGAAGGAGCUGAAGUUUGGCCCUGGCGACGGAAAACUCCACUACUACCUGUACAACUAUCGGGUGAGGCAUGUUUUAAGGCCCUCGGAACUUGGCCUUGUGCUUUUGUAGUUUGCCCAAGAAGUCGAGGUGCCAUUUUUUGGUAAGGUCUAUCUGCUCAUCUGUAUGUUCCCUUUUUUUCUUCUUCUCUCAUUUUGGGUUUUGUGAGAGGUCUACUUUAGGCCAUCAAUGGAUAGACAAAGUUUGCAACAUAAUUUGUGAGACUGUUGAACUGUAUUGUUAUUAUUGCAUGAUCAUUGGCAGUUUGUUGGAGAUUCUCAAAGAGUUGCAUCUUAACACUUUGUGCCCAAUUGUUGUCUACAUUCAUUAAUCACUGUGCUGUCCCCUUUUGGUUACCCCA